UCUGCUUCAGCCUUCAGAAAAAAGAUGAGUGGAUCAAGUAAAGAGCUUUCAACUGAAAGUGAGGAAGAGGAAGAGGGAGAACUUAAAUGGUUCGGCAUUCGCGCAAAUCAAGCGUUGGAUAUGAAGGCUGAAUUAAAGGAAGGCUUAAAGCCAGAGGACACAAUUAUUGGUGGGAUCCGUAAGACACAUGACAAAAAGGAUAAUAUUGAUUUGCUUAAAGAAAUGUAUCACAUGGCGAAGGGAUGUAUAUUGAGUAAUAAUUUACAAGAUUCAUGUUUCUUCGAUUUAACGCAAACUAGAACCCCUGUAUUGGGAAACACCAUGCUACAUGUGGCGGCUUGUAAUGGAAACAAUGACGUUGUGGAUUUGGUUGUUAAAAAAGCCCCUGAGCUUUUGUUCUUGCGUAACAAAAACGAAGACACUGCCCUACAUGUUGCUGCAAGGGCUGGUCAUAACUUAACCAUUCAAAAGCUUUUGGAAGCUUAUUCUGAUUUUCAAAGACCCGAGAUAGCUAAGGAGUGGUUACAAUUUGAACAAAGAAAUAAUGCAGAAGGUUUAAUAUAUUUGAUCAGGUUGGAGAAUAAUCAAGGGAACACUAUGUUACACGAGGCCAUGAUGUGUAGCAAGUGCAAAGGGCCCAACAUUUUCCAAGUUCUUGACUCAUACAGAGGAGAAUCAGUGUCCGAGUCUUGUUAUGAGUCUGCGUUAACUAAAAUAAACAAGGCAAAUCAAUCAGUGUUGUAUUUGGCAGUUGAGACAGGUCAUAAGGAUACCGUUAUCCUAAUCUUGAAUAAGUGCCACAAGGAUGUGAUGCCACAAGGAAUAUCACCCUUUAUGGCGAUAAUCAUGAAACGUGAUAAAGAUAUGCUUGAUACCAUACUGACCAAUAAGCAAGAAUGGAUACAUUUGGCGGACGUAAAUGAAAGGGUUGCUCUUCAUUACGCUGCAUUUACAGGUUUCCUUGACGGUGUUGUUUAUUUAAUUGAGCAGUGUAAGUCAUGCAUGAAUGGAAAGGACAAGCAUGAAUUCUUACCCCUUCAUCUAGCAGCACAUGGAGGAAACGUGCAAGUACUUGAGGAGUUGUUAAAAUACUGUUCAGAUCCCACUGAGAUGCUUGACAAAAAUGGCCGUAACAUUCUUCAUAUUGCAGCAAAAAGUGGAAAGUAUGAGGUGGUGCAAUACAUCCUUAAAACUCGAGCUAAUAUAGGGAUGAUAAAUCAAAAGGAUGUGGAAGGAAAUACACCUUUGCAUUUGGCCUCCAAAUGGUGUCAUCCCAGAAUUGUCUACGAUCUCACAUGGAAUGAGAGAGUGAAUCUUCGUGCCGUUAACCAACACAAGCAAACAGCUCUCGACAUAGUAAAUGAAGCUUAUCAAGUUUAUCAAUCGCAGGAAAAAAAUCCAUCCAUUCGACAGGCAAGUAUAUAUAUAUACAUUGUAAAUGCACUUCAGGGAAUUCAUUGCCACAAGGAUGUGAUGCCACAAGGAAUAUCACCCUUUAUGGCGAUAAUCAUGAAACGUGAUAAAGAUAUGCUUGAUACCAUACUGACCAAUAAGCAAGAAUGGAUACAUUUGGCGGACGUAAAUGAAAGGGUUGCUCUUCAUUACGCUGCAUUUACAGGUUUCCUUGACGGUGUUGUUUAUUUAAUUGAGCAGUGUAAGUCAUGCAUGAAUGGAAAGGACAAGCAUGAAUUCUUACCCCUUCAUCUAGCAGCACAUGGAGGAAACGUGCAAGUACUUGAGGAGUUGUUAAAAUACUGUUCAGAUCCCACUGAGAUGCUUGACAAAAAUGGCCGUAACAUUCUUCAUAUUGCAGCAAAAAGUGGAAAGUAUGAGGUGGUGCAAUACAUCCUUAAAACUCGAGCUAAUAUAGGGAUGAUAAAUCAAAAGGAUGUGGAAGGAAAUACACCUUUGCAUUUGGCCUCCAAAUGGUGUCAUCCCAGAAUUGUCUACGAUCUCACAUGGAAUGAGAGAGUGAAUCUUCGUGCCGUUAACCAACACAAGCAAACAGCUCUCGACAUAGUAAAUGAAGCUUAUCAAGUUUAUCAAUCGCAGGAAAAAAAUCCAUCCAUUCGACAGAUAUAUAUAUACCAUACGCAGCGACUCACAUAUAUUGCAUUGAAAUCUGCUGGUGCCAAGAGAAAUUCUAGGAAAGAACUCCCUGGAAGUGACUCCGAUACAAAAGUUGAAAAGGGUAAAGAUGUAAGUGACUCCGAGACAAAAGUUGAAAAGGGUAAAGAUGUAAGUAACUCCGAGACAGUAGUUGAAAAGGGUAAAGAUGGAGUUUCUGAGACAAAAAUAACAGUAAAUUGUAAAGAUAAAGGUUCGGAGACGGAUCCGUAUAAAGACAGAGUGGAGACACUGCAAGUGGUUUCAACACUAAUAGUUACGGCUUCAGUGGCAGCAUGUUUAGCAGUGCCUGGUGAAGCUGAUGGUGCAGCUCAUAACAUAAAUCAUACCAUGUUCCACUUUUUUAUUUUCAGCAUCACAAUAUCUUUGUUUAGUUCCAUUAGUGCUACCGUCAUCCUGGUUUGGACACGACUAGGAGUACUUGAAUUGUUGGAAUAUGCUCUUGAUUGGGUAUUGCCACUUCUUGGAGUGUCUCUCAUCUCACUCUCUCUGGCUUUCAUGUCUGGUCUCUACACUGUUAUUAGCAAAAAAGGUUGGUUGGCAACCACAUUUCUGGUUAUCACUCUGAUUUUUGUUGUGGCUGUAUCUUUCUUAUACAUCCUCUUUUUCCUCCCCUCAAAGUCAACCAUGAAGCCCCUGCGAUACAUUUCCUUUUACCCCUUUAUUUUCCUAGCAUGGAUGGCUGAAUCUGGAACCAAUCAUGAAACCCACAACAUGUAGGACAAUAUUGCUGCUGCUGUGAACUGUGAUCGGAUAUGAAUCAUACAACUAUGUCCACUUUUAGUUCUUUCAAUGUUUCUCUUUUCAUGCCGCCAAUAAAUGUUAUCGAAUAAAAGUUGUUUUACUUCACUUUUAUAUACCAUGAAGGCUGAACCAC